UUGGGUUCGGUAAUGUGGUGAUUUCUGUAGGUUUGCUUGGCGUAGGUCUAACCGGUUGUCUUCUUGUACUCCACGGGUGAGGGAGGAAGAGCGGAAAGACACAACGCAUCGGAUUCAGACACCAUGGCAGGACUGAGAACUAUCUUCCUCCUCGCCAUCUUAUCCGGAGCGGCAACAGUCGUCAGGCCUGAGUCUGUUAGAAUAGGCGUUCUGCUUGCCCCGGGCGGCAGUUGUCAGGAAGGGUCAGCCUCCAAGUGCGCGGGAAACCUGCUGGCGGCGGAGACAGCGGUGGAGGCCGCGAACGACGCUAACCGGGACGUCGGCGUGGCGCUGCAGCUGAGGAAGGGCCUGAUAGUAGGGGGAGAGACGCGCGCCCAGAUGGCACAGAAAGCUAUGGAUCUAGCACAAGGUGUCUGUGCCCUGUUUCUGAUCGGAGAUGACGAACAUAAAAAACGACUCGACGAUGUCUUUGCUUACGUCACGAACGAUUCCAUUCCAAGGUUUUACAUCCACCGGCGGGUCUCCCGCAGCGACUACAACUUCUACCUGCUUCCGGGGAACGAGAAGACUCACGUCAUGGUGAGCGCCAUCACGCAUGCGUACAGAUGGCAGUCCGUCGCCGUGAUCCACGAUGGCGUCUAUGAUAUGGAAGGUGUUGAGCACGUUCUGGCCCAGAACACUGACGACCGUGUGCCGAUGGGUGUGUACAUCCUACCCGGCCGUGGCGUGGUGUCAGAUAGUGAUGUUCUCAGCACGCUGUUACAGGUUCGAACCUCAGGACUCCGGAAGAUCAUCUUACACGCCGAGCUAGACAUCAUCAAGACGGUGAUCAGUAAGGCUGUUGAACUGGACAUGGUGAAUCAGUACUAUCAUUGGAUGGUGUCACAUCCGCAACCCUUGGGCAAUUGGAACGAAGCCCUCCCAGCAGACAUACUGGGAAGUCCUGAAGCGCGAAUAACAGCGUUCCAGCACUCCAUGCCCUCCCAAUCAAGCAACCCGUAUCUGCUACUGGUGGACGAUGCUAUCACCGCCUUCGCGAAGGGAGUGAGAGCGCUGAAGGAAGGGGAAGGGAGUGCAGACAACUGCCAAAGAGACAUUAUCCCGUACCUAAAGGGCAUUUCGUUUGAGGGGAAAUCCGGUACGGUCUCUUUUGACUCUGAUGGCGCCCGCAGCAGCAUCACGGUGGAUGUGCUGGAGUUCCAGAGAUCUGGAUUCAUGUCGGCUGGCUCCCAAACGCUAGGUGGCAGUACUGCACUACCGAGAAGUAUGUACCUUGCCCCUUCAGCGGCAUGGAACCUGUCCCGGCGCAAAACUUUCAAUAUCGUCACUUUUGAAGAUAGUAUCUUCUUCAAAGAUAAGGAUCACGGAUACCUGGUGGACCUGUUGAAGGAGAUGGCCAAGGAGAAGAGAGGAAAUUUCAACUACAAUCUCCAGAUUCUGCCCAAAGGAACGACCCUGAGUGACGUCAUCAGAAAGCACUUGGCAACCGACGCAACGGAUGGACAGCAAGACUUCGCCCUCACGUUGGCUCCUCUUCGUAAAAAGUUUCUGGCUCAAGUUGACAUCACUCGGCCCAUCGCCACACUGGGAUACAUAGUGACCAUGCGCAGACAGGACCCCCCAGCCAUCACACUCCUGUCUCCACUGCGCAACUACACAUGGGUCUACAUCCUGGUCGUCUACGCAUGCGCAUGCAUGCUGUCACACUUCAUAGACAAGCUGGACCCGUACGAGUGGGGCAUGCGCAGUAAGGACGAGGUGGAGAAGAGGGACGACUCCUUCAGUUUGAUUGGCAGCUUCUGGCAAGGGUUGACGUCAUUCUGUCGACAGGGGGUGGAGAAAUCCCCGAGGUCCAUCGGUGGAAGAAUCAUCACCGGUAGUUGGUGGUUCUUUGCGCUGGUCAUCUUCGCCUACUACGUGUCUACUUUUUCCGCUAUACUCAGUAAGGACGAUACCAUCAAGGUGAACUCCGUCUCAGACCUGGCCUAUCAGAACAAGAUCGCGUACGGACUGAACAAGAGGAUCACGCCGCUGCUCAACUUCUUCAAGAACACCCAGACGGAGCCUUACGCAACCAUGUGGCGCUACAUGAACAAGAACCGGCGUAACCUGGUGAAUAGUAACGAUGUGGGGAUGAGGAAGGUGAUGGGGGAUCAUCAGUGUGGAGACGGCGGCAAGUUCGCCGGGACUAACGAAAGCUACGCCUUCAUCACGACCUCUCGUGUGGAGUUCGACUAUCGAGACAAGUACAACUGUCAACUCCGGACGGUCGGCAACUACUUCUUACCCUACGAACUCGGUCUGCCCUUCCCCAAAGGCUCCGUCUUCAAGGACAUAUUCGACAAGAUAAUCAUCGACAUGCAGAAUGACGGCACCUUACAGAAGCUACAGAUGAAGUGGCUGAUGAGCCCGGCCCGGCAGUGUCCGGGAGAAGACGCUACAGCCAUGCAUGUGUUGGCUCCAGACGGUCUCGCACCUAUGUUUGUUGUGGUCGGAGGGACCAUCGUUCUCGGGGUCGUGGUUGCCCUGGUGGAACUGAUAGUCUACAAGGUCCAGGCCAAACGGGAGCGACGGGAGAAAGAUGUCGGUAUUGGAGACCAGAAGAGAGGUUGUUGUGACAGAUUCCUCAGCUCCUGCUGUGUUGGGAAAGGGGACAAGAAGAGUGUGUCCUCCAAGGGUGACGACAGCGAUAGCAUGGCCAAGGUUCCGGAGCCGCUACCUCCCCUCGCCAUGCCCUUCCCUGUCAGCUCCAAGGAGGAGGAGGAGGAGGCCAGCCGUGCUGACGAGCUGCUGGCGAGACUGGCCGCCAUGUCUAAUGCUGCGGCCGCGCUAGGGCCGACGGGGGAUUACCGUUCUGCGCAGAACGGAUUUCCCAAGCCGCCCGCUAACCCCACUCUUAAUCAGGGAGUGAAGCGGGACGUCAGCGGAGUCAGUAAGCAGGGCACGUUCCGCGUGAGCACGCCAGAUAAGGAACCGGCCCCGGCUCCCCCCAGCGACUUUAGAGCCUAGCUUGGCAAAGCUGAUUACAACUUUACUACUGUGUAAGCCAUUUAGAAGGUUCCAGAUGAGAAUUCAAAAGGUUAAAAGUUAUCCAAGCUUAACACUGUCAGCAUGUCUUCUCAAACGCCAGUCUUAAAAAGUCAACGCAGAACUUAUAGAUGGAUUAAAUAGUGGCGAGUGCAAAGGUAUUAAAGUCACCUUGCCAUCAAUAAUGUUUAAUCAAAGGUUAAUUGCAAGGUUGUAUCUAUAUAGGAACAAUUUCUACGUGAAGAAUAGAUUGAUUUUAGAGUUUGAUUGUGCACUGUUCGCGGAAGUGUACUAGAACGAGCUGUCACUGACUUGAUGAUGAACUACACGGACUUUUCUUGUUCCCAAAUGGAAGGCAAUUUCUCAGAGCUAGCGUGGAGAAUAUAAGCUGCCCAAGUCGCCAUGUUUUAUUCAGAACGCCAGCUGUAAGAGUCCAUCGUACCCCGGAUAGAGCGAAUCUCAUCACUCAUCAAGUAAUGAUGACAUUCACGCCAGACUAUCCAAUAAUCCGAGCGAACGGCAACAACUCGAGCGUGUGAAUCGGCGCAUCACUCGGAAAACAAAAUGAAAAAUAGCGCGGAUUUGCGCAUCACGGUAAUGGUAGGGAGCUCGGCAGGGCGCGAUGAGUGACAAGGUGUGGCCGAUAUGACGCUGGGUCACAAACUUUACCAUCCAGUAACUUCCGUGCCGUAAAGAACUUCAAAAGCCCAAACAGCUAUCAAAGUGGGCUUAUUUGGAUGGUAUGUUACGGGACACAGCCAAAGCAAAAAUAACGUAUUGUGAGUUAUGAAAAAAUAUACACCAAUAAAGGCCUCAUUACAGUUACCCCUUAGUCUAACUAUUUGACCGUUGGGUCAGUAGAAGAUCUGGGAACUAGUUUUCACUAUGUCAUCAUUUCUUUUUCAAAUAUCAUGCAUAACGAAAAUGAUUUCUAUGACUAAGCGCUAACCUUAGAGCAGUGUCACCAUGAUUGCAGUAGCCACUGUGUUGCCCUCUGGGAUGAAAUGAAGCAUUUCAAAAAGCCACAGAUAGAUUGAGUCCCAAUUAUACGGCUCUCCUGCCUUAAUGCUCCAGGCCGUAUUUGGGUCGCAUCCAAGUACACUUACGUUGGCCAUUUGCCCAAUUUUCAGACUUCCCCUGUAUCGAACUUGCAAUUUCUGCAGGCGAUUCGGGCGGUACUUCCAUCAGUACAGGGCGCGCGGAUGCUUUUAAGGGAAGCUUGUGUAGUCUGCACACGUCCAGGUUCAUGUGUUUUUAACCCGUUAAGACGCUCUUGAAUAUAAAACAGGAUUAAGCAAGUUUAGCCUGUAAUCGUCUGGAAGGUGCCGGACCGCUGACUGACCCCUGCUUUAAUCACUGUAAUCGCUAAUAUCCUUCUCGGCUCGUUAGAUGCCGGUUAACCGGAUCAAUCUUAUCGGGUUAGCACAAACAUUAAAACGCCUUUAAGGAUCAGGAAUUACUUUCUUAACUCUCGAUCUAAUAAGACGGCUUUCUGAAUCAAGGUUGCAAAGUUGCCUAAUAAAGGAUUACAGAAGGCAAGUGGAAUACCAAUGAUCUCCGCUGCCUUAAUUAUACAUUUGAUCAAAACCUGCCAUCUUCACGGAAAGUUCUUAAAGGUUGAUAUGACAAAGUAUAACGCUCAAAAAGAAAAUCGAUAUAAUGUAAAUGAACAGACUAAACCCCAAAGCUGAUAAUAACCCUCAAACCUAAGCCUAUUUUAUCCCCAUGCACCUGAAUUAGAAAAGAGAUAAUUUCUUGAUCUUCAACAGAAACCGAUAGUUUGAAUCUUUUAUCAGACAGCUCUUGCUAGAGAUGGUCAGCUUUAGAAUCGAUGCCAUCGCUUCUACGGAGAGAGCGUCUUCACCAUGCCGUUAGACACGACCCAAACAGAAUCUGACACCAAGGAGCACCCGUGAAAGCCAUAUGCCGUCUGGGAACACUUUUACGACAGUAUGAUUGAACGCCGCGCCGUUUUACGGCCACCCUGCUGCCUAUUGGCAGUUGAGUGAAUCAUGGUCGCGCAUUGUUCUGCCAUUAAUGUCGGGUGAUGAACAGAGAUGAUACGCGCACAGGCUACAAUGGGUGCACAUUAUGUACAGGGACGAUGCCGACGGCAAUCUUGUCCUGGUCACAGCGGGCAAUCCUUAACUGCCAGAGGCACAGGCUUACCAACCCGCUCAACUCACAACAUGCCCUCAACACGGAUUUAACUCGACGAAUGCAGCUUGAACCAGAAGAGGUAGAGAAGAUCCCAGUUGAAGAAAAUAAUGGCGCCACCCGGAGUGUGUUCUACUCUCGGGACACGCAGCGAUAAGCACCGGAUUCUCCACAGCGUGCGAGCGAGAAAUCCUUCCAGAAUACCUGCUGGAGCCGUAAAGCUAAAUGGUCCGUUUAUUUGACAUGAUGAAAGACCGCAUGGUUCAGAUAAUAUCAUGGUGUGCCGGUAAGGCACAGUUAGAUGUAUUGCCAAGUCGAGGAAGAGACUAACUUACAAAAGCUCACACACGCUGUGAGAGGUGAUCUUACUUUUUCUGGUGCGUGCACUGAAAGCCAAGAGGAUUAUGUAUGUUCAAAGUAAUAAAGGUCGUGUUCAAAUAUCGUGCGGUAGCGCCUGGAAAUCAAGAAGAGAUUGCAAUUGACUAGCAUUUCUGUCAAACAAAUUUCCCUUAACAAAUGUAUAUUUGAAGCACCUGAUACCAAAUAAAAGUUUGAUACGAAUACGAAAAGACAAUAGGCUCAAUGUUGAAUAAUAGCAAUUGGAAAUUUGUUAAAACAUUUUUGUGACAACACCAAGAAGACUAUCAUCCUAUUGUUCCUGAACGUUGAACAGAAUAUUGACGUUGCAAUCUUCUUAAGCAUGGCGCCUGAAAGAUAAAGUACUCUGCUCUAGACCAAAAAUUGAACUUGACAAAGCACCAUUGUUCAAGAUUAAAAGCUUCUCCACCACUACCGCUGGAGUUCGUCAAACUUCGUUUACGGUUCGAAGCGCUUCUUAGUACAAGUACCGAGACGCCAGCAAGACGGAAGGAGGAUUUAUCCUAAAGGCCCUCUAAUCCCUAUCUCCCCAUCCACUACUCCCCGCAGAUACGAAAAGUACGAGCACAUAAACAAGUCCCUUUAUCAGCGGCGGUGUGCUGAUCCUCAACCCGCGCACUCAAGCGUUUUCACUUUUAUUAUAAAUAAGAUACUCAGUGACCAGAGUGCGCGGACUCGAGUAAGCACCGGGUUCUGCGGCUAUCCAUACGGCCUGGCCAUGGCUAUUGGAAUAAGACAUCGUAAACAGCCAUAGAGAAGACAAAGGUCGAGAUACCCGUUAGAACUAAGUGAUGCGGCACAUUGGUAUUGGAAAAUCUGAAGGCUGUGGGCUUACUGAAGUUGACUUGAGUACGAUGAGCAUCUGGUAAUUGAAAAAGCAGCUCCGUUCUCCUUCACGUGGGCUCUAGACGCCAAGGUGAACGUCUCCGGCAAGGCAUCCAAUAAGAAAAGGACGAUUACCGCAUUACUUCCAGUAGAAUAAAAUCAAGUGACUUUUGUAAUGGGUGAAAUGCUCGCAAGGGGUCUUCCGAGCGAGUUCCUUCCCAGGAAAUGAAAUCGCUAAGCCGGGCUGCCGCCUGAUUUAUUUCUCGGAGUCAGAAGGAAUUCUGAGCACGCUCCAAAGAAGCACUUUGGCAAGUUCAAGACAUAAUACUGAUCAUGCAAUAGCGUCGUCCAUCCAUUUGGGUGUUUGCGUUAGGAUGCUAUCUUUAGGCCGUAUGACUGGAACAUCUCCAGGGUACUGAAAUUACGGUAGUUGUUUGUCUGGUGGAGACUUUUCAACUUUUAGAAACUUGUGACCUAUCAAAACUCUUUUGAAAAAAAAAAUUGUCAGUAAUUAUCCUUUCACUAGUUAUUUAGAAAUAACGGUGCUUAAUGGUUAUAUCUAUAAAUGGCAUGACUAAGCAUACUUGACAGAUGCAACGCUAGGGGCGACAUUAUAUCUCACGCAUAUUUGUUUGACGUCUCUCUCUCUCUCUCCUAUCGGGAUUUAAUUGUAUCCAACUAUGUAUUACAGUCGCCGCUUGUUUAUUCAUCGCUCAUAAAUUCUUAAUGCUCACCUGCCCAUCUUAUUACACUACUUUGUACUAUCGUUUUAACUGACAGUAGUUGCUGUGCUCGCGUCCAUCACGAGUUUCUGCAGCGUGGUGCGCAGGCCUGUGGAUGGAAGUGACAGGCAGAUUCAUCAAGCCAGUCCUUGGCGCCGACAUUCAUCAGCACCUCCGACGAAUGAUAUACAUUACGGCCCCCCUCCCGAGAGCGAGCCGAGAGACUUGCGCUCCGUGACGAAGGUGCAAAUGCCCUUCUUCGGGAUUAAUCUACCCGAGCUUAACUGAUGGCAGUGCCUUUCCCUGCUGCAGCAAAGGCUCCUGUAUCGUGUGCUCAGUUGGGAAUAGAGAGGGCGUGCUUUUUCUAUCCAAACUCCACAGUAUAUCAAGCUAAAUAUGAGAAGUAGACGAUUACAACGACAGACAAAUAGGACACAGUCACGAUCUGCCAGCAUAAUGUCUGUAAUCGGAGGAUGCAACGUUGACAAAGAAGUGCGAUCAAAAACUACCUUAUAAUCAAA